AUGCCCAAAUCUUUGGGGAUGUUGCUUGGUAUUGUACGAAGUCACAAAAGCCAAGGCGCUUUUUCACUAGCAGCACCGCUGUAUCGCAACCUUAAUGAACGGAUACGUGCAUACUUCACGAACUCUGUGAUACUAAGCAUUUCACCAAGAGAUUUUACAUCUUCAACUGCUUUAUGCUUCUGA